AUCCUCCAUUACCAAAUAUAUCUUAUUUGAGUGGAUUUUGUUCUAGUUUACUACUGAAAGAUGGGUUUGAAGACGAAGAUAACAUUACUUAUUAUUCCAUUAGCCAUGCUCCUUUUUGUUUCCUCAGAGGUGUCAGCCAGGGAUUUUCAAGAGGGAAACGUUGUUCAAGAGGCUAAUAAUGGGGGUGAUGCCAAACUAUUUGGCGGUGGUAGCUUCUUCCCUGGUGGUGGCAUUGGUGGUGGUGCUGGAUACUUCCCUGGUGGUGGCAUUGGUGGUGGUGGUGGUGGUGGAUUCUUCCCUGGUGGUGGCAUUGGUGGUGGUGGAUUCCUCCCUGGUCGUGGAUUCUUCAACCCAAGGUUUUGCUUCAGAGGAUGUUGUUUUGGGAAUCCAUUCAGAGGUUGCCUUAGGUGUUGCCCUAUAUUCUGAAGAUAAGACCCACAAAAUGAGACUGUAGAAUUUCUACGUAUUUAGUAAUAUUAUAUAUUUCAUCAAUAAAAUCUCAUGUCAUGAGAGGCAUGGAUAAGCAAGGAAGCCCAUCUUUUCUUCCGACCUUUCUUAGCACUAGAGAUAUUUCAAAAUUUGAAUAAUAAGUCAUAUUGUGCCUGCAGUGUGAUAAGUUUUAUAGAAAACUGAAAUAUCAAAUAUGUACUGUACAAAUAGUUUGUCAUAUAUCGUGGGUUUUACUUGUAUUGUUACAAUACAUUAUCAUCAUCAUUUAUAUCAUCCUCUCCGUUGUUAAGCUUUUA